UUGGCUGGAGGUCACGAGAGCACUUCCUCGGCCAACUGGACGCCAAUCAACAGGGAAGGCGAGCACUUCAUCCUCAUUUGCACAAACUUUGACGCAUCUUCCAUUCCAUCAUUUUGUUCCAUCUUGUGUGUGCGUAAUUUGGUUUGCGCGUCGACGCAAAUGGAGUGGCGGCAGCAAAGCACUUUCAGCUGCGCGGAUGCCUUCAAUGAGGCUCAGCGUUGGAUUGAGGAGGUAACCGGCAAAGGGUUUGGUUGCAGUGACUUCCGUGCAGCUCUUGAGAAUGGAGUCCUGCUUUGCGACCUGAUCAAUCAAUUAAAACCUGGAAUCAUCAAGAAACUGAACCGACAAGCUACUCCCAUUGCUGGCUUGGAUAACAUAAAUGUGUUUCUAAAAGCUUGCGGGAAAGUGGGACUGAAUGAGUCACAGCUGUUCCACCCGGGAGACUUGCAGGACUUGUCAAGUCGAGCAAUCGUCAGGCGAAAGGAAAGCGGUCGAAGACUCAAAAAUGUUCUUAUCACAGUCUACUGGUUGGGUCGCAAGGCCUACCUGGAUGAUUGCUACAAUGGUGCCCAGCUCAACUUCAAGGCCUUCGAAGGACUCUUGGGAUUGGCUUUGUCCAAGGCACUCGACGACGGCGGUAAUGUGAAAGACCGAGAGUGCGUUCAUCCGGGAGGGCCCAUCGGCCAUACGAGGGAGGCUUCCUUGGACAGCUUGGACUCUGCCGACUCUCGAGCUCCGCGUGCAAACAGCGAAGGCUGUGGAAGUGAUGCGGAAGCUGAGCAAGUAUUCAAGAUGGAGACCGCUCAGCAGUCAACCAAAGGCGAGAUGCCACCUCCAGUCCUGCGGAGGAAGCAAAAAAAGGACAAUGGCAAAGUAUCGACUUCAUUUACCAGUGUUUUGUGCAUUAGGAGCAAAUCGUUGAGUGACAUCCCAACGGUGCAAACUUCACGUAAGGUUUCCCAAGAAAAUGCUCGCGCGGGCCAGGACACCUCCGCAGGGAAAUGGAAUCAAGACAAAAAAUGGAGGAGCCACAGCGCCAGCCGAGACAGUGAAGUUCGCUGGCAAGAUGCCUUGACAAGGUGGAAGAACCAUCGCAAGAACGUAAAGUCCAAUCUCCGCAGGGAAUCUCUUGACAGAGAAGGCGUCAUGAACACGAUGAACGACGGAGCCGAGAAUGACCUUGAAAGGCAGCGCGGUGCGCAGCUGGAAAGGCAAGUUAACUUCCAAAGUGUGGAGCUGGCCGCCAUAUGUUCUGGAAGCAGUGAAAGGCCGCCGCCCUCACUUGUCUCGCUGCACGCCGGCAAACUGGAAGAGCAGCUGUCAGCGCAAAGGCACUGCCCGGCCUCCGUUUCUCCUCCAUCAAACUUCUCAAGCGCUUUUCUCCGGACGCACGGUCGAGCUCCACUGACUCGAAGCUAUGCGGCUGAAGUGCCGUUUAGCCCCGCCUCUUCUAGCCAGAACUUUCCCCCUGCACAUGCAAAGUCGGGCGGAGUCACGCCUGCCUCUGAUGGGAACGUCACGGGAGAGGAGACCCGUUUUGCAUCUUUGGCAUUAAAUGGAGCCGCAGUAACGGCACCAACACGGGAUAACGCUUUGGGCUCCCACAGCCGGUUCAACUUUUCCGCUCCCGUUGAUCCUCGAAGUGAUGCGAGUCAACCCGAAAAGGUUCAUACGAGUCAAUUGACUUUUCUCGGCGCAGCAGAUUUUCCAAAUGACGGCGAAUCGGGAAGCUCCGUCGCUUUCCGAGACCUUUCUGACCCGAAAGCCUUGUCUGGAACGGAGAGUCAUGAAAACGCUUCUGAAAUGUCAGGAGACAAAAGUAGAUGUGAGUCGGCUGAAGGCCGCAGAAACUAUUUGAGCAGAGCCGCUUCUUGGUCGUGUUCAGCCAGCCUUCCUCGCGCCUUCAAACGGGCCGAGGGAUCCUGUCGUGUCUCGUCCGUCAUCACAGCUCGGCCCUUCGGGACCAAGCAGUCCAGGAUUCCAAAACUCUGUCAUAGCCUAACGGGAGUAGGAGAAGGCGCUCCUUCCUCACCUGCUAGCGCCACGCUCAAAAGACAAACCGCCUCGUCUUACCUAAGAGGUCCGCAUCAGCAUCCCAACCAUGUGGCGGAGACGACUUUAGCAAAAGCAGAGCGGACCAGUCUUUCCAGGCAGAGCUUUCGCUCUCAGCAAUAUUCAAAGACGCAGGCCCAACUCGGCAAAGCUGCAACUCUGCCGCGUAGCGCCAGCGUCGGCACCCCCAAGGUCGACCACAGAGACCUGAGUCUUGUUCCGAUACCAAACAGUGGACCGGACUGUGUUUUCCAACCACUUUGGGAAACUACUGACGCAAGAAGAAAAUGUUGUCAUGCAGGCGGCCCGGCGGACUUCUGCCGGCUGUGUGCAGAUGACGCCAUCCCGACUGUCCGCGGCGAUCUGGCGGCGCGCUUGAGCUCCGACCCGUGGGAGGACAAAAUGGCAUCUGCACUGCAAAUUGGCACCCUUACCGCCGACAGUCGACGUUAUGAAAAAAAGGGAGGUUCCGAAUCUGCAAUCUCCGAUCUCCAGGUGCCGUCCCUCACCCGCUCCUCAUCCAGCUGGUCAUGGGACCACGAGGGCGACCACAGGCGGCAGCAGAAGUGGCAGGAAGAACAAGAGCGCCUCCUUCAGGCGCAGUAUGAGCGAGAUCGGCGGAGGCUGCAGGCAGAGUGGCAGAAGGCAAAAGAGGAUGCACGUGAGGAGAAUAACUUUGGAGUGCGAGAUGAUGUUGAGACUCCUCCGGGAGUGACUCAUCUACAUGGUUUGACCAAAAUAAAUGAGCGGAGCCCUGAAGAACUCGGCUUUAAACGUCAGAAUGGCACACGCAAGGAUCUGAAUAACAAAGACUGGGCUGAAGGCACCUCUGGCUUUGCUGGGCUUUCUCCCGCACACAGGGCAAAGUCGUUGUCUACUCCAGCAUUAGCCGAGUCGUACAAACAACCAAAAGGUGAUCAGAGGAAAAGGAAAGAAGACUUUGCUUCCAAGGCCGAGCAAGAGCGCCAGCAAAUCUUGGAGGAGAUGAAAAAGCGAACUCAGCUCCUGACUGACAACAGCUGGAUACGACAGCGCACCAGCGCUUUUUACAAGGAGCCCAUCUACAUCGGGUUGCCCCUGAAGAGGUACGAGUCGCUCGACACUCUCGGAAGCGCCCGGUCAACCCUCAUGGCGGCUGAUCCCCGACCACAUUCGGCCACCGCAGGUUUUUGUGGGGCCGGUACAACCUCCUCUGCCCGUUACAGUAACGGAUCGAGAUCAUCUCUGAGAAAUCCCCCCACGGACCCUCACUCCAGCAGGAUGGACAGUGGGAGGAGAACUUGCUGUGUGUGUGAAGGCCACCUGAGUAGUGGGGCAGCCAUGGUUAUUGAAGAACUUAAUCUCAGCUUCCAUUUUGCCUGUUUUCAGUGUGUGGGCUGCCAGCGAUAUCUUGGAAAAACAGACACUGGAGUACAGGUUCGGGUCCGAAACAAGAAGCCGUACUGUGAGCCCUGUUAUUUCCAACUUAAGUCAACCACUUCAGCAUUUGUGUGACCAGAACAAAGAACUCAUGCUUGCAGAGUAAGCCGGAGUGGGAAACUAGCCUGUCAUUUUUUUUGUUUUUUUGGAGGGGGAUUAACAUUUUAUCAGUUUGAAUGUAUUAUCUAAUAAAGAAUUGUAGUUUAGUUUAUUUUCGUAUGAUUGUAAGUGUUAAUUGUUGUGGGACCUAUAAUGGUAGCCGCCCCGUAUUGUAUCCAACCCCAGUUAGCAAUCACGUUUAAACUUUUUCAAGAGCACUUUUUUUUUUUUCUCACCCUGCCCACUCUGGUAUUGAGCAGUGUUUUGUACCGUAUUGUAUAUUUUUGAGGUUUUAUUCAUGUUUACCACCAGGGGGCGCAUCUGCUAAUCGACGCAAUUACUCGAGCCGCGCUUCCUCAUUUUGUUACACUGAAAUCUUACAAGGUAUUUGGUGUGCAAUGCACACAAUUGUGUUCCUUGAGGAUUCAUGUAGUCACACUGCAGUACCAGUGUCAUUUCAAAAAUUCAAGUACUGUCAUUUUCAUGUGCUAUAUGUGUAUGUUUGGAUUAAACUUGGAUAGCAAAGCAUUUUCA